GUCUGUGUCUGCUACCACUAUUGAAGACUUCGGGCUUGCUGGGUUAUGGCAUUGAUGCGCCAUGGCGGGCUAUCCAAAACCUCUUCCCUCGGCCACCGCUGGCCUGGCCUUCUCCCGGCUGCCCUCCGAAGAAAUCAGGAAGAUUUCAGUUAAGCAAAUUCAUGUCUCACCAGCGCUCGAUUCUAUGUUUGGUCCAAUCCCAGGAGGAUUGCAUGAUCUCGCCCUUGGUGCAAUCUCAGCCCUAGAUGCAAACUGCUCAUCAUGUCGAAUGAACGCUAUUCACUGCGCAGGUCAUUGCGGCCACAUUGAGCUACCAGUCCCUUGCUACCACCCACAAUACAUGGACGUGACUUUGCGUCUGCUUCGAGCCAAAUGUGCCUAUUGUCAUCGCUUCAAGGCGCCUCGAAACGUAAUCAGCCAGACCGUCUGUGCGUUGCGCCUCCUGGAAUAUGGUCUUGUCGAUGACUAUCAAGCCAUCAAAGAUAUGCACUUGGGUGGACGCCGACCGAAGAGGCAAAAGACAGAUGACGUCGUUGAAGAUAUAUUGGAAGCUGAUGAAGAUGAAGACAUUGAUGAUCUGAUCGAGCGGAGAACAAAGGCAACGGAGAAGGCCAUCAAACGUGCACGAAGGAAGGGUCUGCUUGACGAACAGGCUCUGACCCGCAAUCAUAUUGCGAUCGACGCGCGGAAACGGGUUAUCACCGACUUUCUGAAAGAAGUUCCUUUGCUCAAAAAGUGCGCAAAUUGCAGCGGGGCUAGUGUGAACUUCAGGAAAGAUCGCAACGUCAAGAUUUUCAGAAAACCGUUACAACAACGACAGAGAGAAGCAAUGCGUGUUUUGGGUAUGAAGGUCCCGAAUCCUUUGAUCUAUCUUUUGUCAGAGAGAAAGCAACAAGAAGCGCCUGUGAAGAAGCCUCUAGUCAAUGGCAUUCACGAUGACGACGUUAACAUGGCAGAUGCCAGCCAAACCACUGCUCCCGAAACACACGGUGCCGAGGAGGAAAUCGCUUUGCGUAAUGCCUUGGAGACCACAUCCGCGUCUAAGAAUGCGGAGCUUGAAAAUGAGGAUGAUGUGCAGCACUACAUGACUCCAAAAGAAGUGCAAGCCGCCCUCAUUCUACUUUUCGAACGCGAAGUGGAAGUUCUCAAUCUUCUAUACGGGUCGAAUUCGAGUCGGAAGCAGGCACUCGUGUCACCAGAUAUGUUCUUUAUGACAGCCGUUCUUGUCCCGCCCAACAAGUAUCGACCCUUAGCCAGACAGGGUGCAGAACAGAUGACAGAGGCUCAGAUCAAUGGAGUACUGAAUCGGAUCAUCAAAGCUGCCAAUGAUGUCCGACAUAUCAGUAGAGAGAACAGGAAAGCGCGAACGGACAAAACUAUCCGACCGCGGAGCUUGAACGAAAACAUCCAGGCAAUGAUCGUGCUACAGGAGACAGUCAAUGCACUCAUCGAUUCACCGUUGCCGGCGUCCGGGAAGCCUGUAGACCAGGGUAUCAAGCAAAUACUGGAGAAAAAGGAAGGCCUGUUCCGCAUGCACAUGAUGGGGAAGCGUGUCAACUUUGCAGCUCGCAGCGUCAUCUCACCUGACCCGAAUAUCGAAACCAACGAAAUCGGUGUGCCUCUUGUGUUCGCUAAGAAGCUCACAUAUCCGGAACCCGUCACAAGUCACAAUUUUGACGAAUUGUGCAAGGCAGUCAUUAAUGGCCCAGACAAAUACCCAGGUGCCGCUGCCGUGGAGAACGAGAAUGGGCAGGUCUUAAGUUUAAAGCGCAAAACCGAAGAUCAACGCAGAGCCAUUGCGAAACAACUCAUGACAUCCGUGAUACCGGGAUCGAAGGGUGAAAUAGGGAAGAAGGUCUAUCGACACCUCCAAACAGGUGAUGUGGUCAUCAUGAAUCGUCAGCCCACCCUACACAAGCCUUCCAUGAUGGGUCACCGUGCUCGGGUCUUGACGGGACAGAAGACGAUUCGAAUGCACUACGCAAAUUGCAAUACCUACAACGCUGACUUCGAUGGUGACGAGAUGAACAUGCACUUUCCACAAAAUGAGCUGGCUCGUACCGAAGCUCUUCAGAUCGCCGAUACUGACCACCAAUACUUGUCUGCAACUGCAGGAAAGCCUUUGCGUGGCUUAAUCCAGGAUCACAUAUCAAUGGGCGUCCAAUUCACGAGCCGGGAUGUUUUUCUCGACCGAGAACAGUAUCAGCAACUUCUCUACAGCUGUUUGAGACCUGAAGACUAUAACACGGUAUUCGAGAGAAUUCAGAUGGUACCGCCUGCCAUUUUGAAGCCCAAGAUGAUGUGGACUGGUAAGCAAGUUGUCACCACAGUGCUAAAGAACAUCACGCCCGACAGGUUUGAUGGCCUGAAUCUUACGAGCAAGUCGUCUACCUCCUCAGACUCUUGGGGCGAGAAGACCACUAACGACAGUUCAAAGUGGGAUGUGACCAGCGAAAGUGUGAUCUUCCGCGACACCGAGCAAAUAGUUAUUUUCCGUGACGGCGAGCAUCUUUCUGGAAUCCUGGACAAGAGUCAACUUGGUCCAAGUGCUGGCGGCUUAGUCCACUCGAUUCACGAACUCUACGGACAUAUUACGGCCGGAAAGCUGCUUAGUAUUAUGGGUCGACUUUUGACGCGAGUUCUGAAUGAGCGCGCAUGGUCUUGCGGAAUGGACGACCUGUAUUUGACCAAAGAGGGCGACGACUUGCGUCGGAAGGAGUUGAUCAGGGGUAAACGCCUUGGUCUUGAGACCUCGGCGGAGUAUGUCACCCUGGACAAGGACAAAAUCGACCAAGAAAACCCUCAACUCCUUAAUAGACUGGAGAAUGUCCUUCGAAACGACGAGCAGCUCAAUGGACUGGAUCAGCUCUACAAGGCCAAGGUCAAAUCAAUCACAGACAAUGUUUCAAAGAGUUGUCUGCCAGCUGGUCUUCGAAAACCCUUCCCCAGAAAUCAGAUGCAAGCAAUGACAAUCUCUGGAGCCAAGGGAUCGAGUGUCAAUGCAAAUUUGAUCUCGUGUAACCUGGGACAGCAGGUUUUGGAAGGUAGACGAGUACCUACUAUGGUCAGUGGGAAGACUUUACCGUCAUUCCGCGCUUUCGAGACCGACCCGGUAGCUGGUGGAUAUGUUUCGGGGCGAUUUUUGACAGGUAUCAAGCCUCAAGAAUACUUUUUCCAUGCCAUGUCCGGAAGAGAAGGCUUGAUCGACACUGCAGUCAAGACAUCCAAGUCAGGCUACCUUCAACGGUGUAUCGUUAAAGGUCUUGAAGGCGCACGUACCGAGUACGAUACUUCCGUCCGUGAAACCUCAAACGGCAACGUGCUCCAAUUUCUGUACGGCGAGGACGGGUUGGAAGUCACCAAGCAAAAGCACCUCCGGGAAUUUACGUUUCUAGCUGAGAACAGCCAGUCCGUUGCCACGCUCAUGAAAGCGGAAGAAGUGCUAGAAAGAUUACCAAACGAAGGGUUAGCCGAAGAACAGAAAGGGAUUCUGAAAUCGGUGAGAAAGAACAAGCCUCGGGAUCCCUUGACAAGUCUUUUCAGUCCUGCAAGCAAUUUCGGCAGCACAUCUGAGUCGUUCGCAACAGAACUGAGCGCUUACAUCAAAGAGAACCCCGACAAGCUGAUCAGGGAUAAGAAGACGAACCCCGGGGGCAUUAUCAGCAAGAAAACAUUCCAGUCAAUCAUGGACUUGAAAUACAUGCGGUCGAUAGUGGAGCCCGGUGAAGCAGUCGGUGUGGUUGCAGCUCAGUCUGUUGGUGAACCCUCCACGCAGAUGACCUUGAACACCUUCCAUUUAGCUGGUCAUUCCGCCAAAAACGUGACUCUCGGUAUACCUCGACUUCGAGAAAUCAUCAUGACUGCGUCGGCCAAGAUUAUGACCCCAACCAUGACCCUUAAUCCAAUCGAAGAGAUGACAGUCGCCGAUGGUGAAACGUUCGCAAAGAGCAUCAGUCGACUCCCUCUUGCCCAUGUGAUUGACAAGCUCUUGGUGACUGAGAAACCCGGGACCGGAUCUGGACACGAGCACGAAAGACUUUACGAUAUUCGGAUUGAGCUUUAUGAGCCAGAGGAGUACGAGACCGAAUACGCGAUCAAGCGGGAGGAUGUGCGACGUUGCCUGGAAAAGAGAUUUUUGCCCCGUUUGGACAAAAUGAUCAAGGAUGAGUUCAAGAAGAAGGCGCGGGAAGCAUCCCUCUCAGAGACGACUGCCGCUGUCCCCGCUGUUGGUGUCUCUGUAGGUGUCGUUGAAGAAGCUCGACCGAUGAGAACAAGAAUCACGGAUCGAGAAGGCGGUGAAGACGACAUAGAUGAAGACGCAGAUCCUGAUGAUGCAAAAGACGCCGCGGCACGGAGAAGAAGGGAGGAUACUUAUGACGAACCCGAUGAUGACGAACAAGACAUCGCCGACGAAUCGGACGACGAAUCCAUGGCCAGCGAUGACGAAACACAUGGGGAUGAGGCGCCCUCGAAGAAUUCACGCAAACAGAAGCAGUCCCAAACGCUGCGAGAACAAAAUCCGGACGAGAGCGAUCCUGAUGAUGCGGUAGAUUCGGAAGACGAGGCGAGACAGGAUCAACUCAAAGCCAGCAUACCUCACCUUACACGCUUCAAUUUCGCCAAAAGUGGAGGUAAAUCAUGCCGCAUCAUCUUGAGCUACGACACCAACACCCCCAAGCUUCUGCUUCUUCCGAUGCUGGAAAGAUGCGCACAUCUCGCGGUCAUCCAAUCUAUUCCAGGUCUGGGCGUGUGCUCGCAGUUCAUGGAAGAGGUCCACGGCCCUGAUGGUAAGCCUGUCAAACAAGUCAACCCCGAGACUGGCAAAGAGGAUAUCAAGAAGGAGCCUGUUAUUACCACAGAGGGCGUCAAUCUCCUUGCCAUGCGUGAUUAUCAAGAUCAGAUUAUGCCACACUCGCUGUACACGAACUCAGUCCACGAUAUGCUGAAGUAUUAUGGCGUGGAGGCUGCUCGGAUGACCAUUAUCAAAGAAAUAGACGGUGUUUUCAAGGGCCACGGCAUUUCAGUUGAUUCUCGACACUUGAAUCUGAUCGCAGAUGCCAUGACGCAAUCUGGUUCAUAUCAACCAUUCAGUCGACAUGGACUUGUCAAGGAGGGAGGCAGUGUGCUGGCCAAGAUGAGUUUCGAGACAGUCAUGGGUUUCCUGAAAGACGCGGUUUUGUUUGGCGAAAACGAUCCAUUGCUUGGACCCAGUGCGAGAAUUGUUGCUGGCCGUAGAGGAAACAUUGGUACUGGAUCGUUUGAUGUUGUCAUGCCAGUUCAUUAGGGAUGGAAUGGAAUAGGCGCCUUAGGCAGUGGGACUUGGAAAGAAUCUUUUGGCGGCAUGUAAAUACAGCGGGCGGGCGUUCCGAGAAUGAAUUGAUGAAGACCCAA